AUAGCCACGGUUGCAUGCAGGCUGAAGACGAGGUGGCUGAAGUGGUGUGGGUCCAAAGAAGUCAUCGGUAGCAGGAUGGAAGGUGGCCCAUAUCACCUCUGUUCCCUGCUGCUCCUGAGUCUUCUUUCAGGUUACAUUUGUGAAACCAAGACCAUGGUUACAAACGAAACAACGGCUGUUACAAACAAAACAAUGGCUGCAGCAGAGCCAACCAGUGUCACAGAUCAGAGUGUCGGUAUAGUAGUAAAUGCUUCGGAUACUGUGAAAAAGACAGAUUCUCCGAAAUUGCUGCCUGCACCAGCACCCUAUAACCAAUUUCCCGUGUCUGUGGAACCUGGACCUGCCUCUCACCUCAUUUAUGAAGGAGAGUCUACCGCUCUGGAGUGCAGGUUUGAAGGGCCAGCUCAGGCCAAGGUCACCUGGAGAAGAUCUUGCUCUCCCAACUGCAACAUUAGCGUUGUUGUCAACACUCCCGACAUUCUGGAGGAGGACAAUGGUCAUAGGGUGUCAAAACUCCCCUUCCAUCAUCCCAAAACAAAUGAUUCUGGCAUGUACUAUUGUGUUGUGCGUAUUGAUGAAUCCCAAUCCCAAUGGCAUUCGUGUGGGACAUACCUAUGGGUCCGGAGACCUCUCCCAAUCUCCUUCCUGAAUAUGAAUGAAUCCAUCAAAAAUAAGAUCAUCACAGCUGAGGGCUUCCUUCUACUUAUCUGUGCCAUUGGUCCUGGCCUUUUUCUGCUGUUCAGGAAGAGAUGGGAAAAUGAGCGCCUCUUGCAGGCCAAGAAGAAGGCUUAUGAAGAGGAGAACCUGUAUGAGGGACUGAAUCUGGAUGAGUGUUCCAUGUAUGAAGACAUAUCACGUGGGCUGCAAGCAACCUACCAGGAUAUAGGCAAUGUCAAAGUUAUUGAUCUGCAGCUGGAGAAGCCAGAGAAACCAUGAUUAUUAUUUUUUUAAAAGACUUUGUUCUAUAUUCACUUCCCAGGAGCCUACUGUCAACAGCCAUUUUGGAUUCUUGAAUAUUCUCCCUCGAUUUAUCCUGCAGAUAAGUAAUGUGGGGUGGAAAUUGUGUAUUCUCCAGCUUCCUGGACACUUGACACUUUGUAUAUAUAUUUCAGGUAUGCAAUAAUGAAGCUGAAGAGAACUGACUGGAUCUGCAUUGUUUAAGAUCUGGCUUUAAUAACAGAGUAAAUAAAAUAACAGCGGGACUUUUCUGGCAUUUUUGUUUUCCAAGCAAAAUAUUUUGAUUAGUACUAUCUUCACCAGACAUUUCCUCAUUCUGUUUUCCAUACUUGAUCUCCAGUAUGUUGGGAAUGGAGGCUUUCCUCCCUGAUUCUGAGACCUAAAUAAUGCUAAAUGUUCCCCUCGAUGAUAUUCAGAGAUUAAUUAAUAUUAAUUAAUUAAUAUUGAAGGAAUAUUAAUUCCUUCAAAACUUGUGUUUGCUUCUAUCUUCCCAUAUAAAUUUGGGGUGAAAAGAGAGCAGCAAGACCGGUUUAGAAGUGCUCUCAUUGUAUUCAAUACAAAUGUAUCUUUUCCUUUCUGGGGCUAAACACUGGGGAAAAAAUUGUUCUCAAGGUUUGUAGCAAAACCCAGCUGUGGAUGGUGUUGAAUGAUUAGGUAGUGUCUGUGAUUGUUAUGUCUGUCAUGAAAAUUGCAAAGUCAGGAAAAAGCUGAAAUUACAGUGGGUGAAGAAACUACUGCAACUUGUAUUUUAAUAUUACAUCUGUCUUCAUCUUUGAUCUAACACUUGUAUGCUUUUAUAUUCUUGAAUGAUAAGAAGAUACAGCACUGUUAGUGUUUGAUGAUAAGUGGAUAAAGCCCACUAUUAAAGUCUCCACUUUCUUCAGAGGCCGAAGCUAAUGAAACGUAGCGCUGAUGAGCCUCACUUGUGGUUAAGAAUGGAUUAGGAUUAAGAGGACCA